AUGUCAUCAAAAAGACAACGUUCAGAAUCGUCAGAAAGUGAAGCAGAAGAAGCUUCUAAUAGCCAAUGUCAAACUAGGUCAAGAUCUAGGUCCGUUGUUCAUAGUCAUUCAAAACGCGCUCGUCGCUCUCAAACUGAAGAAAUAAACGCGUUUCCUGAUAACAUUUCAGAAGAGGAUGAAGAAGUUGAAAACGAAGAAAUUGUUGCUGAAGGAAUAGAAAAUACAAGACUAAAAAAGAAGAGUGCAACUGGGGCUACAGCAGAAUCUGGUGUGAUUGAAUCAAUUGAAUUAGUGAAUUUUAUGUGCCAUAAAUUUCUCAAAGUACCUUUUGGUCCUAAGAUUAAUUUCAUCAUCGGCCACAAUGGAAGUGGAAAAAGUGCUAUUUUAACAGGAAUUACGGUCUGUCUUGGAGGAAAAGCUAAUGUGACAAACCGUGCUUCAAACUUAAAAUCGCUUAUUCGUGAAGGCUCCAAUGUUGCACAAAUUACUAUAAAACUUCGAAAUCGUGGGGAAGAUGCUUUUAACCAAGAUAUAUAUGGCGACUCGAUUAUUAUUGAACGUCGUAUUUCUAGUGAUGGAAGUAAUAAAUACAAGAUAAAAACUCAUGAUGGAAAAAAGACAGUCUCUGAAAAGAGGGAAGAGUUGAAUGCCAUUCUAGAUCAUAUGGCUAUACAAGUGGAUAACCCUAUAAAUGUGUUGUCUCAGGAUACCGCUCGUCAAUUUUUACAUUCAUCGAGUGCUGAAGAUAAAUAUAAGUUUUUUAUGAAAGGAACGCAAUUGACCCAAUUAAGUGAAGAUUACGAGCUAAUACGUGAAAGCAUCGAAACUACACAAAAUAUAAUUAAAUAUAAGAAAGAAGUUGUGCCGGAGCUUCUCAAGGAAGCUAAGGAAGCAGAAGAGCGAUAUAAAGAUAUGCAAAAAGCUCGUGAACUUGAGUUGAACGUCGCAUCAUUUAAGAAUCAGAUGGCUUGGGCUCAAGUUGAGGAAAAAGAACAAGAAGUUAUUGAGGCUGAGAGAAAUGCACAACGAGCCAUGAGACGUUUACCAAAUUUACAAGCAAAACUCGAUAAGGAAGAAACUGAAUUUGAUGAAAUUAAUACAGUUGUCUUAGAUUUGGAGCAAAAAUAUCAUGAUUUGACAAAUCUUUCUAUCAAUCCUUUGAAAGAGAGAAAAAAUGAAUUAAAUUCUCUCAUUAGAGAUAAGACGAGACAAUUGAAUGAACUAAAGGCAUGCUUAAAACAAGAUGUUGAGAAACAUCAACAAAGAAUAGAUGAGGAAACUCAGAAACUUAAAGAUGUUAAUCGCCAAAAGCGUAAUGAAAUAAUGAACGCUAUUAGAACCGCAGAAGAGCAACUUGAAACAUUGGUUGAGGAGCAGAAGCAAUGUAAAUCACAAUUAACUGAACUUGAAGAAAAAAGCGUUCACAUUCGCAACCAAAGGUUGUCUUGGGAGGGGGAUCUACGAAGAAACCAAGAAGACGUUGCACGUAAUGAAAAUCUCUUGCAACAAUUAAGGGAGCAGAAGAGUAACAAUCUUAAGAUUUUCGGUCCUACGAUUCCGGAUGUACUUAAAGCUAUUAAUGGAGAGCAUAGAUGGAAUAAGAAACCUGUGGGACCUUUUGGAUUAUAUAUGAAAUUAUUAAAUCCUGAAUGGAGUGAUACUCUUGAAUCUGUGAUUGGCAAUACUUUAAGCACGUUUGCUGUUAAUAACCAUAGAGAUCAAAGGCUUUUGGCGGACAUCAUGAAAAGAUUUAAUUGUAAUUCUCCAAUUAUUAUCGGUGAAGAUGAUAAUUUCGAUUAUACGCAGGGAGAACCUGAUAAACGAUUUCUUACUAUCUUACGAGCAUUAAAGAUCGAUGAUGAAAAUGUUAAACGUCGUCUUAUAAACAAUAAUCGAAUUGAAUCGAUAAUUCUUGUUGAGAAACGUGCGGAGGCCGAUAUAAUAAUGCAUAAUAACGGGAAUGGGUUUCCUCGUAAUGUUGAGGGAUGUUAUACAAUCGAUGGAUAUAAAGUUGGUCAUAAAGGCGGUGGUUUUUCAACACAAUCUAUCAAUAGAUAUAGAGGACCAGCUAGAUUUAAACAAGAUAUUGAUGGCCAAAUUCGAGAUGCAGAAAGGAAAUUAUCGGAUUCUAAAGAGACGAAUAGUCGUUACAAGGUUGAAUUGGAAAGAGCUGAAUUUGAACUGAAUAAAGUAAAUGAUGAAAAAAAAGCAUUAUUGCAAGACGAACCAGCAAAUAUUGCUGCUCUUGAAGAAGUCAAAAAAGAAACUGAGCAUGAAAUUGAAAUGUAUAAGGGACAAUACGUCAAUAUUCAAAGAAAAAAAUUACAAUUAACCGAUGAACAUGAACCUUUAGUGAAUGAAUUCGAAGACAUUCAACAAAGACUGGAUGCAUUAUCAAGUGAAGCCGAAAGUCUUGGUGCUAAUAUUGAAGAAAAAGUUCGAACACGAGUAAAGAGCGAAAUGAAUAAAAAACAUUGGGAAAACAAAUUAGCGUUAGAAAAAGAGAACAUUGCCACUGCUUCAUCCGAAGUUGAAAAAAAAAAGCUAGUUCUGGAGGAAUGGACAAAGCAAGCGAGAGAUUAUUGUCCUGAACGAGUUGAAGUAACUAAGCCAGCACAUGAACUAGAUCGUGAGAUAAAAGAAUUUCAGGCUCGACUAAGAGAGAGAGAGAAAAAACAUGGUGCAAGUCUCGAAGAAAUCGCAUCAGCUAUGGCUGCUACGUGCGAUGCCUAUCGUAAUGCAAAACAUGAAAUCGAACAUAUGGAGAUAUUCGUCAAAGAUCUCAAAUCUGCUUUGCAAGAUCGUAUGUCCAAGUGGCGUAAUUUUAGAACAUUUAUUGCUGUUCGUUCUAAGAUACAAUUUACAUAUCAGCUAUCUAAACGAGGUUAUUCAGGAAAAUUAAUGUUUGAUCAUCCAAAUAAAAAAUUGUCCUUACGAGUUCAAAUUGAUGACCAAAUAGGUCAAGGUAGUGAUAAAGAUCCAAAAUCUUUAUCUGGUGGAGAAAAAUCAUUUUCUACCAUCUGUUUAUUGUUAGCUCUUUGGGAAGCUAUGGGAUGUCCUAUUCGAUGUCUUGAUGAAUUCGAUGUUUUCAUGGAUGCUGUAAAUCGUAGGAUAAGCAUGAAAAUGAUGAUCGAAACAGCACGUGAAGCAGACUGCACACAAUAUAUUUUAAUUACUCCACAGGACGCGAGCAGCGUUUCACCUGGUCCUGAUGUUCGUGUACAUAGGUUACAAGAUCCUGAAAGAGGUCAAGCAACUUUAAAUGUUGAUCCUAACAAAUCCACAAUUGCAAUCCUUUCACAUAAAGGUGAAAAAAAUGUACCAACCUCCAUAGUAGGCAUAUUUCUUCGAUCAUCAAUAUUUCAAGGUAUCAUCCUUGGUUGGAUUGGUUCCAUCUCGUUAUUGGUUUUAUUAGUCUAUGCAUUUAUGUAUAGCCAAAAGAUGGAUGUCAAUUUCAUAUGGAACUUGCGUAUCAGUUUAUUCCUAUCAACAGUAACGGUGUUUACAAGAAUAAUGUCUAUUAUUGUAAAGUUCAUAUUGCCGGCUAUUCUAGCGGGCAUUUUUGCCUUCAUUCAAACACUAAUUCUGAAAGAAUCAGGUGCAACAAUCAGUAAAUUAAUGGAAGCAUCUAUGACCUGUGGUCUAUGGAGCACUCAAUAUAUGUUAUCAGCAACCGAUUUGUACAUCUAUACCAUUGCUACUAGAACAAUUCAACGACUACCUGGAGAAAUACAAUCAGCUACCAAUGGUGGGUUAUUGAAUCCAGCUAGAGCAUUGAAGACUUACCAAAAUACGAGUGAAACUUUACAAGUUUCCAAUAAGCAAAAUAUGCAAGUUAGAAGGCAUGCUGAAGCCUUUACAAAUUACAUAUGCUCUGAGACAUUAUG